AUGUCCUCCUCCCAAGAACACCCCCACCGCUUCGUGGUCCUCGGCGCCGGCGUCAUCGGCCUCACCACCGCGCUGACCCUGAGGGCCGAGUACCCGGCGAGCAGCAUCGCCGUCCUGGCGGAGCACUUCCCCGGCGACUACCACGUGGACUACUGCUCCCCCUGGGCCGGGGGCAACUGGUGCUCCUCCGCCAACGACAACGGCCUCCUCGAGUCGUUUGACCGCGUCGCCUUCGACCGGUUCCGGGAGAUUGCCGAGACGACCCCCGAGGCCGGCAUCAAGCGCUCGCCGCUGAGGAUGAUCUUUGAUCAGCGGAUCGAGGACGCCGAGAUCCUCAGCAAGGGGACGGGGAAGCUCUGGUACGAAGACUUGGUCGGGGGCACGGUGCCGUUGAGAAAGGACGAGCUGCCGGACAAGGCCGUCUUCGGGAUCGACGUGCCGUCUACGUUUGUGAUUAACACGCAAAUCUAUCUGCAGUGGCUUCUCGAGCAAUGUAGAAACGGCAAGAUCGAUCUCGUGCGCCGCCGGAUCGCCCACAUCAGAGAGGCCCGCCUCACGCCCGACGUGGCCGCCGUCUUCAACUGCACCGGGCUGGGCUCCUACUCCCUCGGCGGCGUGGAGGACAAGUCCAUGUACCCGACCCGCGGCCAGACCAUCCUCGUCGAGCAGCCCAUCCGGCCCCUCGAGAGGAUGUACUUCCGCUCGCCGCGCCGCGUCGACAACGACACCACGUACGUCUUCCAGAGGCCGCUCGCCGGGGGCGUCGUGCUCGGCGGCUGCCGCCAGGACGGGAACUGGGACGGGGAGGUCGAUCCGGCGCUGGCCAAGACCAUCCUCGAGAGGUGCUGCGCCCUGGCCCCCGAGCUGGGCCGCCCGGAGGAUCUGAAAAUCAUCAAGCACGGCGUCGGGCUGAGGCCGAACCGCAAGGGUGGCCCGAGGAUCGAGGCCGAGAAGAGCGGUGCGGGCUUGGUGGUUCACAACUACGGAGCAUCCGGGGCAGGAUACCAGGCGUCGUGGGGAAUGGCGGCACACGCUGUUGGACUCGCAAAGGCAGAAAUUGGGCCAGGAAAGCUGCCGGCAAAACUCUAG